UGUCCUUAAGGAGGGCGGGGGAGGGAUGAAAUCCAAGUGACGUCCUAUUCGACAUGCAGCUACCCUUUUAAAGCUGCGAAGCGACCUCAUUUACUUCCAGUGAUCGGCCAGCCAGCACGGGCGAGAUAGACAGCGCCAGGCGGUACACUGCGCAGACACAUAUCGGUGGGGCUUCUGGAGAAACGGAGCGAAGGGGACAAUAAAGCAAAUUGCAAGAUGGUCUAGACAAGGAUCACUGAGGAGAAAUCAGCGAAUGUGGUAACAGUACAUUCAGAUACGAGAGAGCUCGAGGCUCGCUUAGUUUUCGUCUCCGCUCCCGUCUCCUCUUUGAGAGAUACGUUCCCAUGCGAUUCUUCAGACUCACAUUUAAGUGUUUCGUGGAUUGUUUUUGAAGGUGCUGUCUAGCUAGGUGUUUUUCUUUUUUGUGAGCGUGUCUCAUUUAUUUUUUGGUUUUAGUUUCCUUAAUUUAAGAACAGAUUUUUUAAAAUUCCAGUAACCCUUUCCCUAACCCGUUUCGCAGCAACCUUUUGUCAGCCUCUUCACCGCUGACCAGUUGACGUUUCUAAACAAUAUUAGACAAUAAAUUAAGAAACUGAUACAAAUUAUUUCGUUGACUAAUAAAUAACCCCCCAUUCCGAAAAUAAAAGCAAGACUCAGAGUCUGAGUACAUUUUGGGGUCGCCGCCCGAAGAACAAAAGGACAUUCUGGUGUCGUUUCUUGGGGUGAAACUGAACUGAGUAAAAUAGAUAAAGAGGACUCUACUAUCUGGGAUUGUUCCGAAUCUUUUAUUAUUGUUACCAUUGACUGAUCUCUUGACUGGCAUCCCAGAGUUGUAAAGGAGGGCGAGGGUGUUUUGUUUACAAGUGCAAAGCUGGGAUGGAGAAGUCGGCUCUGAACAGUGACUGCUGCGCUGUGAAUGUGGUCCUCGGUGAGGAGAAGAAGGGUCACCUCAUCCCCAAUGGAAACGGACACCAGGGAGUGAAUGGGAACCUCGUCGCAGGUGCCGGGGCUGGCGGAGCAGGAGUGGCACCGGGAGCGAUGGCCCCGGUGGACAAGGCGGGUUACCCCGAGCGAGAGACCUGGACCAGGCAGAUGGAUUUUAUCAUGUCCUGCGUGGGGUUCGCCGUGGGGCUGGGCAACGUGUGGCGCUUCCCUUACCUUUGCUACAAGAACGGUGGAGGAGUGUUCCUCAUUCCUUACAUGCUGAUUGUGUUUGUGGGGGGAAUCCCCAUCUUCUUUCUGGAGAUUGCACUGGGACAGUUCAUGAAGGCUGGAAGCAUCAAUGUGUGGAACAUCGCGCCGCUAUUUAAAGGACUGGGAUACGCCUCGAUGGUGAUAGUGUUCUUCUGCAACACUUACUACAUCAUGGUUCUGGCUUGGGGCUUCUAUUACUUCAUAAAGUCCUUCAACGCCACCCUGCCCUGGGCCACGUGCAACAACUCCUGGAACACUGACAGCUGCAUCGAGAUCUUCCGUCACGAUGACUGCCAGAACGGUACCAUCGGCAACUCCAGCUUUGGCAACCUGACCUGCGAGGAGCUGGCGGAAGGGCGUUCCCCCAUCAUCGAGUUCUGGGAGAAUAAGGUCCUGAACAUCUCAGACGGCCUCGACCAGCCUGGAGUCAUAAACUGGGAGCUGAUGCUGUGUCUGCUGGCCACAUGGCUCAUGGUGUAUUUCUGCGUGUGGAAGGGAGUGAAGUCGACCGGCAAGAUUGUGUAUUUCACGGCCACGUUCCCCUACGUCGUUCUGAUAAUCCUGCUAGUGAGGGGUGUGACUCUGCCCGGUGCCUAUGACGGGAUCAUGUACUACAUCAAGCCCGACUGGUCUAAGCUCGGUGAGGCACAGGUGUGGAUUGAUGCUGGCACCCAGAUUUUCUUCUCUUAUGCUAUUGGUCUCGGUGCUCUAACUGCCCUCGGCAGCUAUAACAGAUUCAACAACGACUGCUACAAGGAUGCGUUUAUGUUGGCUCUGAUCAACAGCGGCACCAGCUUCUUUGCUGGCUUUGUGGUUUUCUCUAUCCUGGGGUUCAUGGCAUCAGAGCAGGGAGUGGAUAUCUCCAAAGUGGCCGAAUCAGGUCCCGGCUUGGCGUUCAUCGCUUACCCGAAAGCCGUGUCUCUGAUGCCCGUGGCCCCUCUCUGGGCAGCUCUCUUCUUCUUCAUGCUUCUGCUCCUGGGACUCGACAGUCAGUUUGUGGGGGUUGAAGGUUUUGUAACAGGGAUCCUGGACCUUUUUCCUGGAAAGUAUUACAUGCGCUACCGGCGGGAAAUUGCUGUGGCGAUCUGCUGUCUAUUAUGCUUUAUAAUUGACCUCUCCAUGGUUACGCAGGGAGGGAUGUACGUCUUCCAGCUCUUUGACUACUAUUCAGCCAGUGGCAUGACCCUACUGUGGCAGACAUUCUGGGAAUGUGUGGUGGUCGCCUGGGUUUACGGCGCUGACAGGUUCAUGGAUGACGUCGCUCGUAUGAUCGGUUACCGUCCUUUCCCUUGGAUGAAGUGGUGCUGGUCAUUAAUUACUCCAUGUGUUUGCAUGGGUAUCUUCCUAUUUCACCUUCUGAACUACAAGCCUCUAACCUACAACAAUGUGUACGUGUACCCAUGGUGGGGCGAGGUGAUUGGCUGGUGCCUGGCUCUCUCCUCCAUGCUCUGCAUCCCUGUCAGCCUGAUCUACAAGCUCUUCAGGGCCAAGGGGACCUUCAGAGAGCGUUGGGACAACCUGACCAAACCAGUCUGGGGAGCCCAUCACCUUGAAUACAUGGCCCCUGAUGCUGAUAUCAAGAGCCUGGCCUCUCUUACCCCGGGCACUGAAGACAACAAGGUCAUCAUCUUUGAGAGUGUCAUGUAGACACAGGGAAAGGGUACAACCGCUUUCCCAAGACAAGCUGGCAGAAAGCUGUGCCUGACUAUGACCUCAUCACCAAUGGGUGGGCAUCUCUACGAGCCUACCCAUCUGCCACCACAAUCACAAACAGCGCAUGUAUGCUGAUGAUUAAUAUGCUAUUUUAGUCAUAUUAGGCAAAAAUCAACACACACCAUUAGCUUUGUAUCUCCACAAACAAGAAAGAUGCUCUAGGCAUACAGAAAUCAUUGAAUCCCACUGUAAACAGUACCCUGCAUACCCAUUACUUUUGGGAAUGCGGACUAAAAUUUGCUUGAGGAUUAACCUCCCUGACACAUCCAAUAAAUACAAGCGCCCCCUCAGCAUGAUGCUAGCUUGUCUUAGGAGGUGGAAGGUACGGUGUGAGCCGGUUGCCAGGUGCACGGGGGUUUCCCUCCUGCACCCCCGUCCCCCCCUAUCAGAGCAGAGCCAAACUAACCAAGCUGUGCACCGCCUCACUGACCACGGCAGAACUCCCACAGGCAACCGUGCACGGUCGGGCGUGACCUUCCUCAAACGCUCGCGCGUUACCAGGCUACCUGCAGCGCUCAGACGUGUGCGUGGACUCGCCAGCCCUACAUGAAGAAGACACACGUUCCCCCCCCAUCACGCCUUGCUCCUGGUUCUCAAAAGAUUACGUGUACAUCCUAGUCUGUUAAUCAAAGGGACACAGUAUCUGAAUCAAUGAUAUCACCUUUGAUAUCAAAUUUAUCAAAGGUAUUCUGCAUAUGGAAGUCUUGAAACAUGUGACUUUCAACAACCCCAGCAGUGGAAAAAAUUUAAAUAUUACUAUUUAGAUAUUAAUAAUACUAUUAAUGUACAGUCAAGAAUAAUGCAUUCAUUAAAAGCAAUUUCAACAUGUGUCCUUUAAUGCAAUUGCAGAUUUCAGUAAAUAACAAACAGAUUUUUAAUCCAAUAUUUGAUCCAAUAAAUAUCCAAUAUAUUUGAUUAACAGACUACCUACUUGAGUAGAAAACUUUCGAUGGGGGUAAGAGAGUACAGAAUCAAAUACAGACAUUUAUGCAGCAAUUUUUAAUACACGUAUCACCACUGACCUACCUAACAUAACCUACUGGAAGAAACUGUAGCCUCAUUUACAUUUAAUAUCACAUGGACUGGCCAACACAAACUGACGUAAAAUUAAUCAAAUAAUUUAUAAUAAUUAUAAUAUUAUAAUUAUAAUAAUUUUCCUUUUAUCAAGAAAUGGUUGUUCUCCUUGAUUUAUUCAUUCAUGUGAGGGUGUAGACUAUGAAACUUGAUGCAGUAUCUGCUGGCUUUUGUUGGACCGUGAAGCAAUGAUAUCAUAGUUGCCAAAUUUAUGUCACAGGCACUUCCUUGAUGUAUAAACUUGACUUUUGUUCAGUAUGUCUUCAGUAUGCCCUAAAGCAUUCUUGUAGACAUAAUGACAUAACGUUCCAUAUCUGUGCCAAAUUGAGCAGGGUACCCUAUCUCAUCCAGAGAAUGGUCAUUUUGUUGCCAUAAAAAACAUAUUUUUUUCUGCCUAGAUCAGUUCAGAAUCUCCACCGUGUGACAGACAGACACUAAUGUCUUUCUAUUACAAAACGAGCAGUGCAGCUUUUAAGGCAGUCGGUCUGGACUGAAAAGCCAUAGAUUGAAAGAGUAAGAUUUCACAUACUGAUAUACACUGGAUUCUCCCAGUUGGAAGCUGUGCCUGUCUGGUUUGGUUUACAGGGAAUGCAGAAUAAAGGCUUUGAUCAGUCAACAUCCACACCCAUGCUUCAAGCGUCAGAAAUAAGUAUUGUAAGUAAUAUUCUCAUGGUUUGCAGCUGGCUUUCUGUUCAGAACACUAUGAUACACUCACAGGUAUGCGGUACACGGUGCUGUUGAAUGAAGAGAAGGUGGAGCAUUCCACUCGAGAUGUAGCCAGUGGCACCUUCAUUGCUCGUACCCAGUGCCUGGGGCUGAUUGAUAGGUACGGCUGAUGUAUCUGCUUCUGAUCGAUUCUCCUAAUAAAACACUAUAUAUUAUGCUGGAUCAAUGAGGGAAGUUAAUGCCAAACUUUGCCUUUCGUUGUUCGUCUUAAACGGAGCCCGUUUAUCCAAAAAACAAAAACAAAGAGCCAAAUACUUUACAGGUCCCCCAGAGAGCUGCCCUCCCUAUUGCCUGUGGGAUUUCUGCCAUUCACAGUAACCUAGGAAACACAUAGAUCAUUGUAACAUAAGAAAUAAACUUAGAAUGUAAUAGAUCAGAAUAACGUAAAUGCUACCGACUACAUUUGCACAUUGUUGUAAAAUAAUCGCGCUAGCACUUUUAAAUCGUGUUAGAAUACAAAUUUUCUUUUACUUAUUGUAAAAUAAAUCAGAGAUUUAUUUUGUGAUGGCUUUUAUUUCACUUAUACACAUA